GCCCCUUUCUGGGUGGGGCCAGCUGCCAGAGCGGAUUCUCCUCAUUCGAGGUGAGGAUGGCGAAGGCGACGCAUCUUCUCUGCGGGAUUUUGCUCUUGUCAGCCGCUGAGGCGCUGAAGGAAAGCCCGAGCGGCCAGGCGAAGGACGCUGCUCGCUUCGCCUUGGCCCAGGCCGGUCUCCAAGGGAAGGACGGAAGCUUUUGGGCGCUGCGGUCCGCCAAGAGCCAGGUGGUCAACGGGAUCAAGUAUUACCUGGACGUUGCCUUAUUGAAGACUGAAUGCGGACUGAGCGAGUCUGAGGCCGGUGGUUGCCUCUCUGUCACAGAGCCAGAGCACAUGUCGUGCCGGUUUGAAGUCUGGACCCAGCCCUGGGCCGACCUGAAAGAACUGGUGAAGCAAGAGUGUCGCCCGGCCGAGCCCUCUGAGAUCGCCCAGGUGUCGGAAUGGGGAGCCUGGGAGGUCCUUCACCCCAAGGCUCCGGAUACGGAGGGCGAGGAGUCGUCCCAGGAGGAGAAGAACUUGCAGGGCGACUCCUUGCACCAGCUUUCCCUUUUCAAGGACUUUGUGGCCACCUAUCAGAAGAGCUACAAGGACCAAAGGGAGGCCAAGAAGCGCUUCCAGAUCUUCGUCGAGAACUUGGAAAAGGCCCGGGUCGUCCAGCAGCUGGACCGGGGCAGCGCCGAGUAUGGAGUCACCAAAUUCAGCGACUUAACAGAGGAGGAGUUCCGCACCAUGUACUUGAACCCAAUGCUGGCCAAACAGCCCGUCCGGCCCAUGAAAGUGGCUCCGACCUCUCAUGACCCGGCUCCGGAGGAAUGGGAUUGGAGGGACUACGGGGCUGUUACGGUGGUCAAGGACCAGGGGGCCUGCGGAUCCUGCUGGGCGUUCUCGGUCACGGGGAACGUGGAAGGGCAGUGGUUCCUGCAGAAGGGCUCCCUGGUGUCGCUCUCGGAGCAAGAACUUCUGGACUGCGACGCCUUGGACCAGGCCUGCGGAGGGGGGCUGCCCUCCAACGCCUACGAGGCCAUCGAAGGGCUGGGCGGCCUGGAGACGGAGGGCGACUACAGCUACGAGGGGUUUGAGCAGAAAUGUAACUUCUCCAAGGAGAAGGUGGCCGUGUACAUCAACAGCUCCGUGGCCAUCUCUCGGGACGAGAAAGAGAUUGCAGCCUGGCUGGCCAAGAACGGGCCCAUCUCCAUCGCCCUCAAUGCCUUCGCCAUGCAGUUCUAUAGAAAAGGCGUCUCCCAUCCAUUCUUCCUCCUUUGCAACCCGUGGAUGAUCGACCACGCAGUCCUCUUGGUGGGCUAUGGCACACGUGGGGCGCUCCCAUUCUGGGCCAUUAAGAACAGCUGGGGCGAAGACUGGGGAGAAAAGGGCUACUACUAUUUGUACCGAGGAAGCCGAGCCUGUGGCAUGAACACCAUGUGUAGCUCCGCGGUUGUGGAUUAAUUAUGAAUCGGGGAUUAAUUAAUUAAUGUCUUCAAAAUGACCAAGACAACUUUCUCAAAUCUGAGCAUUUAUUUGGAAGAAAGAAGACACGGAGCAGAACUUCGGGGCCUGACAAGCAAACAUAGGACUCAGUUUGGAAAUGCAUUAUUUAUGCAGUAUUUAUUCUGAGAAAAAAAUAUUAUUUUCUCUGAAAUUAGGUCAAAACUAAACCCUCUCAGAGCGGGUCUUCUAGAGCUUUUUAUUUGGAAGACAAAUAAUAGUAAUAAUAAUAAUAAUAAUAAUAAUAAUAAUAAUAAUAAUAAUAAUAAUAAAAACAAAGAACAGGAUUCGAGACCCAGCAAACAAUGGGUUAGGAAGAUUAUUAUUGUUGUUGUUGUUAUUUUGAAUAUUUUCAGAUUUUUUCACACAAUAAUUAUAAUUAUUAUUAUAAUUUUAAAUACAAUAAAGUCUCACUUAUACAAGCUAAACGGGCCGGCAGAAGCUUGGAUAAGCGAAUAUCUUGGAUAAUAAGGAGGGAUAAAGCCUGUUAAACAUCAUAUUAGGUGAUGAUUUUACAAAUUAAGCACCAAAACAUCAUGUUAUACAACCAAUUUGACAGAAAAAGUAGUUCAAUACACAGUAAUGUUAUGUUGUAAUUACUGUAUUUACGAAUUUAGCACCAAAAUAUCAUCAUGUAUUGAAAACAUCCACUACAAAAAUGCCUUGGAUAAUCCAGAACAUUGGAUAAGCAAAUGUUGGAUAAGUGAGACUCUACUGUAUAUUUUAAUUGAAUCUUUCCAGAUUUUUUUCACAUAAUAAUAAUAAUAAUUUUAAAUAUAUUGUUACUGAAUAUUUCCAGAUUUUUUCACAUAAUAAUAAUAAUAUUAUUAAUAUUAUUAUUAUUAUUAUUAUUAUUGUGCAAAAAAAUCUGGAAAUAUUCGAUUAAAAUAUAUUUUAAAUAAUAAUAAUAAUAAUAAUAAUAAUAAUUUAAAUAUAUAUUUUAAUCAAAUAUUUCCAGAUUUUUUUUGCACAAUAAUUAUAAUAAUAAAGCCAAAAAACAGGAUUCGGGGCCCAGUAAGCAAUGGGUUAGGAAGUUGCAGUAUUUCUUGCUUUUGUUUUAAAUAUCCAUUGACCUGUUUUUCUGAUAAUUCCCAUAUUAGAUCACAGAUCAAUGUAGUUUUUUAUUGCUUGGGACUCUGCUAUUUAAAAAUAAGCCUAACUAAUACUAUGCUAUAUCCCUGAUGUGAUGUUAAUAUUGAAAUGCACACAUAAAAAAGCUAAUUAAGAAAGCUAACUUAAUGUAACACAGUUUUCCUGUACUAUACAUGUAUUUUUAAUUUUUAUUUAAAGUAUUAUUUCUUCUGUUUUAUUUUUAUUUUUUGCUAGUUAGUUGCCGUUAAUGGAGAUUCGAUUGUACUUGAAAAAUAUUGGAACACUUCUUCCCGGAUGAAGAAUGCCGAACCAUGUUUUAUAGAAGGGUUAUUUUUCUAGAAAUUGAAAGGAUUUUUUCCCCAAAAGACUGAUGGCUCCGGUUGCUUAAGGUUUCGGUUAAUUCUCUUACUUCCGUAUUUUUCUGCACUAAAUAAAAUUGACUGUUGUGACCCGA